AGUUAGAACUCAAACGUUCAGCAGUCUCUUCGUAAUACUGCCUAGUAAAUUAAAUGGAAAUGGAUGGACGGACGCUUAUGCUAUUCCUGUGCGGAUUGGCACUAGCUAGUGCCGAUACAUACACAGAACAAGCUCAACGUGUGAUGCAAAUGCGCCGUCUGGCGGUGGAGUUUAUAGACUACUAUCAGAACCUAACAGCGGUGGAUCUGAUAGUGCCUGGCACUAGGCUGCCAAAUCAAGAGGAUCUGCAAUGCAUGGCGGAAAUGGCGCAACUCAGCCAGGGCGUUCAGUCCGGUAGCAUCUGGGCAUUGAGGAUGAUUGACUCGUGGGGCCGAUUGCCAGCUGGCCUACUCUAUGGCAGUCUGAAGGAUUUAGGCAACUUUGACGAGUGCGUGAGGGUCGAUCACCACAUGGAAUCCACAAGUCUCCGCCUGCGUGGCAAAUACUGCAUGGCUAAGCUUUUCCCCGUCGAUACAGGUGCUAUGGGUAAGCUCAGUCUGCAGACCGCCGUUUGCUUUCCCGCCUCCUGUAAUGGCGAGCAUAUGGAAAGGCUGCUGCGCAAGCUCUUUAAUCAGCUGCUAAACAUUGAGUUGAGCCCGGAGACAGAACUGAUCAAUGACAGCAAAUGCCAGACGGCGGAGCGAGAACCCUUGGAUUUUCUGGCCAUAUUCACAAUUGUCAUCAUUGGUGUCCUGGGCGCUGCUGUGCUCCUGUGCACACUCAUCGAUUACUUUCUGUGCGACGAUCAAAAACAACUGCCAUCGCUGGUGAAGAUCUUCUCGGCACGUGCUAAUUCGCGUUCGCUCUUCCGCAUUGUGGACGGUAAAUCAAAUCCAAAUGUAAUCGAGUGUCUCCACGGCAUUCGUUGCUUAUCGCUUAUAUGGGUGAUAUACGGCCAUGAUUAUAUAUACCACGUGCAAUCACCCAAUAUCAAUCUGAUCGAUAUAAUUCCGUGGUUUAGAUCCUCGUACAGCAUGCUUAUAACGCAUGCUCUUUUUUCCGUGGACACCUUCUUCUUUCUCAGCGGUCUUCUUGUGGUCAUGGUUGCUCUGCGCGCCAUGGAGAGAAGCAGGGGCAAGCUGAAUGUGCCGCUGAUGUAUCUGCAUCGCUAUUUGCGCAUCACACCUGUCUUGGCUCUCGCCAUUCUAGUAUAUAUGAGGUUUGUGCCCCUCCUGGGCAGUGGACCACUCAUUAAGACCUAUGCCAGGCAGGUGUCUUUUCCUUGCGAAAAGCAUUGGUUCUGGACUUUGCUCUAUGUGCAGAACUAUGUGCUGAUCGAUGACAACAUUUGUCUGCCACAUAGCUGGUAUCUCGGUGUGGACAUGCAGCUGUACGUCAUUUCUCCCCUGCUGCUGAUUGCGCUCUACAAGUGGGGCAAGAAAGCCGUUGCCGGUAUUGUGCUGCUAAUGCUGUUGUUGGCCUCCUGUCUCUUUAGCAUGAUGGUGAUCAAGGGGUAUUCUUUAAAUAAUGGCUCUUCGAAUAAGAUCUAUUUUUCCACUCAUACACGCGCCUCGCCCUGGAUAAUUGGUUUAAUCUUUGGCUACUAUCUGCAUGUGAAUCGUGGCAAAUCCUUCAAACUAAAUCGCUUAUCCGUUUGGCUGGGCUGGCUAAUAAGUUUGGGCUUGAUCUUCACUUGUAUGUUCGCUCUCUAUCCCUAUGCGGCAAAUGGCAAAGAUUUGGCCAUGGUGAAUGAGGCAUUCUACGUAACACUCACCCGGAUUGCCUGGCCACUGGCUCUGGUUUGGGUAGUUUUUGCCUGUAAAUAUGGAUAUGGUGGCCUGGCCAAUAGUUUUCUCUCCUCGCCGCUGUGGCAGCCACUGUCGAAGCUCUCAUACGGCGCCUAUAUCUGGCACGUUUUCAUCGAGUCCCUCAACGCCGGCAUUGGUCGCACCAACACCUAUUUCAGCGAUUAUCAAGUGAUGUUGCGCUUUUGGCAUGACUUUGGCCUUACGCUUCUAUUGGCCUACCUUAUGUAUAUUCUGGUCGAGGCACCUUUCGCUGGCCUGGAGAUGCUAUUGCUGCCAGCUCAGAGGCCACCUGCUCCAGUUGCGCCGAAAUCCACAGCGACUGAGCUGCAUUCGCAGAAUUUUGAGAUUGCAUCGCAGUUAGAGCCAAAAAAGGAAAUAAUCUAGUUUAUUUUGAGUAGACAAGUAUUUAAUAUGUAUUUUAUGAAUAUGACAGUAUUUAAAUUACUAAUAUGUAUAUAAAAUCAGGUUAAGAGUAUGUAAUGUUUAUGAUUUUGAAAAAGAAAAACCUAAAUAUUUAAAAAUAUUUCAGAACUGA